AUGCACAUGGAGGCUUGUGCGGGCCAAGCUAGCAGCGCGCACAUCGUCCUGGUGCACGGCGCAUGCCUCGGCGGCUGGUCCUGGUUCAAGGUGGCGACGCGGCUCAGGUCGGCCGGGCACCGCGUCAGCACCCCUGACCUCGCGGCGUCCGGCGUCGACCCCAGGCCGCUGCGCGAGGUGCCGACGUUCCGCGACUACACCAAGCCGCUGCUGGACCUCCUGGAGUCCCUCCCGUCCGGCGAGAAGGUGGUGCUCGUCGGCCACAGCCUCGGCGGCGUGAACGUCGCCCUCGCCUGCGAGCUGUUUCCGGAGAAGAUCGCCGCUGCGGUGUUCGUCGCCGCCUUCAUGCCGGACCACAGGUCGCCGCCGUCGUACGUCCUUGAAAAGUUCGUGGAGGGGAGAACGCUGGACUGGAUGGACACGGAGUUUAAGCCUCAAGAUCCUGAGGGGAAGCUGCCUACUUCCAUGCUGUUCGGGCCGCUGGUCACUCGUGCAAAGUUCUUCCAGUUGUGUUCGCCGGAGGACCUCACGCUGGGACCAUCCCUGAUGAGGGUCAACUCCAUGUUCGUGGACGACCUGAGGCUGCAGCCGCCGCACACCGAGGCCCGCUACGGGUCGGUGCGCAAGGCGUACGUCGUCUUCAAGGACGACCACGCCAUCGUCGAGCAGUUCCAGCGGUGGAUGGUGCACAACUACCCCGUGGACGAGGUGAUGGAAAUCGAUGGCGCGGACCACAUGGCGUUGCUCUCGACGCCGACCGAGCUGGCGCGCUGCCUCGCUGACAUCGCCGUCAAGUAUGCUGCUUGA